GCUGCUUCAAUCGAUGCCGAGGUUUUCUCUUUUGUCGCCAUCCGGUCGAGUAUUGUCGAUAUCCUGUCCAUCGCUGUGCUUGGUGCUCUUUCUUCUAUGCCGAAGUGCCGGGACGCCAAAAGCUCUUCGCAUCUCGCACGUCCGGAAGGCGGAUGAUUUGGCGACCGAACUGCUGAUGUUGCUGCCGACAAUGGCAUCGUGGCUGGCAUGGGCCCCAUUAGCUGCCUUGGUCUGUCGCUGAUGCUGUUGAGGGUAGGGAUAGAACGAGACCCUUCUCUUCGACAUGUCUCCACCACCAUCACAUGGAAAUGUAUGGCCGAUGCUUACAUAACGGACCAAACACACAACAACACACGUACGAGGUUUCUGCAAGGUUUCUGAUAUAGAGCGCUUUGAUCUUUUAUAAACUCCAAUCUUCCCUCAUCGACAAUGGCUCAAACCAGCGAAAAUGGCAUCACAUUCACGAGCGCCAGCUACCAGCUGACCGCCGAUGGUGCUCGACUCGGGCUCGCACUCUGCUACAGAGUUGACUUCCCCCACUUCCUACUCUCUCCUUUUCUGGAUGAAGCGUGCGAGGUGGAGAACUGGCUAUGGGUGACUUGGUUGCGGGGGGAGAGUGUCGAUUUCGAGGUCGUGAUGAAGGAGGCAGGGCAGCAGAGGCGUGCUAUCGAGAGCCUCUCUCGAAUGCUCGAAGUCAACCGAGAAAACCUCUGCCUGUCGCCAGAGGAUGCAAUCACGAUCCACGCAACGGGUGUGAGGGUGACUCGGAUGGUGCCCUCUCCGUUGAAAGGCGAAUCCAGGGUGGCCUACGGGCACCUCAAGGUCAUCCGAAUGACUUUGACUUGCAAGGAGAGCCCCUCUCUCCGGGAGAUGUCUGCCGUUUUGAAGACGGCAUUCGCCCACAUCUCGACGAGGUUUCCCUUCCUGUUCUGCUCUGCAAUGAUCAAGCAAAAUCAAUCACGUAUGGACCACACAGAGGAACUCGCUCGAGUCUUGUACGAGCUCCACGUGCUGUCCAAAACCCGACUUGUCAUCCCCGACAACUCUGUACCGAUUGACACCGCAGUGAAGACUUGUUUGGAGAAGCAUCGUCGACUGCAGGUGGAGCAGAUCAAGGCAGCGUCGAGGCUGGAGACCUUGCUGGCGAGGUAUGGGGAAGGGGAGCACGAAGAGGAGAGCGUCCUUCGUGCCAGACGAUACGAAGACUGUAAACGACGUGCAGAUGCGCACGCGGAUACUUGCGUAUGAGGACUUUUUGGAGAGAAGGCAGGUUGUAGAUAAAACUAGGGUUACAUAUACUGGCUUGUGAUAUAAAUUGUUUAGACACCAUGAAAACUCACAACUGGGUGAAGUAGUACAAGCCGUAUCUGGGCCGCUGAGGUCCAAAUAAUUACCGUUGCAGAGCUUAGAAUGUACCCGUAUU